AUGUUUGACGGCUGCCUCCUGCCCCUCGUCGUGCCCUGCCUGCUGCUCUGCGGAUUGGACGCCGGCACAGCUGGCGGAGCGGAGCUGGAAGUGGUGAUCCCGGAGCGAGUGCCGCUGGAGAAGAUCCACCUGCUGCCGCCCGGAGGGGAUCGCGGCGGCCCCCGGCGCCGGCGGGCAGCGGCGGAGCAGGAGGAGGAGGAGGAGGCUGUGCUGCUCCGCCUGCCCGCCGCCGGCGCCGAGCUGUACCUGCACCUCCGCCGCGACCUGCGCUUCCUGGCCCGGGGCUUCGCGGUGGAGCGGCGGCGCGGGGAGGCGCGGCGGCCCCCGCGGGAGCGGCUCUGCUUCUACUCGGGACACGCGCUGAACCGCAGCGACUCCUUCGCCUCCCUCAGCACCUGCGCCGGGCUGGUUGGCUACAUCCAGCUUGGAUCAGAGCAGCUGCUGAUCCAGCCUGUGAAUGCAUCUGAGACCUCGUUCAGUGGGAAGGAACAUUUCAUCAGGCGGAGACGAUCCACCAAGCCCGGCCACCCCUCCCGGCCACAGGGCCCUGAGGAGCACUGCAAGGUUGUAGCAGAAAAGAAGAGACAGAAGAAAGCGAAGGCCACGAGCGACUGGCGGGAGCGGAGGAACGCGAUCCGCCUCACCAGCGAGUACACGGUGGAGACGCUGGUGGUGGCAGAUGCUGACAUGGUGCAGUACCACGGAGCAGAGGCUGCCCAGAGGUUCAUCCUCACUGUUAUGAAUAUGGUGUACAACAUGUUCCAGCAUCAAAGCCUGGGAAUUAAAGUCAACAUUCGAGUGACCAAACUAGUCCUGCUUCACAGCCGCCCUGCAAAGUUGUCCAUUGGGCAUCAUGGAGAGAGAUCUCUGGAGAGCUUCUGUCAGUGGCAAAAUGAAGAAUAUGGUGGGGCAAAAUACCUUGGUAACAACCAGGUUCCUGGUGCCAGGGAUGACACCCCUCCUGUGGAUGCUGCUGUUUUUGUGACCAGGACAGAUUUCUGCGUGCACAAAGACGAGCCUUGUGACACUGUGGGAAUUGCUUACCUAGGAGGUGUCUGCAGUGCCAAGAGAAAAUGUGUUCUUGCUGAAGACAACGGUCUCAAUCUGGCAUUCACAAUUGCACAUGAACUUGGGCACAACAUGGGGAUGAGCCACGAUGAUGAUCAUCAGCCCUGUGCUGGGAGGUCUCACAUCAUGUCUGGAGAAUGGGUGAAGGGCAGGAACCCAAGUGACCUUUCCUGGUCUUCGUGCAGCCGAGAUGACCUCGAAAACUUCCUAAAGUCCAAGGUGAGCACCUGUCUGCUGCUGACAGACCCCCGGAGCCAGUACUCCGUGCGGCUCCCUCACAAGCUGCCGGGGAUGCACUACAGCGCCGAUGAGCAGUGCCAGAUCCUUUUUGGCACCAACGCCACCUUCUGCAAGGAUAUGGAGCAUUUGAUGUGUGCUGGGCUCUGGUGCCUGGUGGAAGGAGACACAUCCUGUAAAACAAAGUUGGACCCCCCUCUGGAUGGCACCGAAUGUGGCGCGGACAAGUGGUGCCGAGCUGGGGAGUGUGUCAGUAAAACCCCCAUCCCUGAGCACGUGGACGGGGACUGGAGCGCGUGGAGCCAGUGGAGCAUGUGCAGCCGGACGUGCGGAACAGGGGUGCGCUUCAGGCAGCGGAAAUGUGACAACCCCCCCCCGGGGCCGGGUGGGAAGAACUGCCGGGGGGCCAGCGUGGAGCACACGGUGUGUGAGAACCUGCCCUGCCCCAAAGGGGUGCCCAGCUUCAGGGACCAGCAGUGCCAGGCCCACGACAGGUACACCAACAAGAAGAAAAGCCUCCUGACAGCUGUCAUCGUGGAUGAUAAGCCAUGUGAGCUCUUCUGCUCCCCACUGGGCAAGGAUUCUCCCGUGCUGGUGACAGACAGAGUCCUGGACGGAACUCCCUGCGGGCCUUACGAGACAGACCUCUGUGUACAUGGCAAGUGCCAGAAAAUUGGCUGUGAUGGGAUCAUUGGCUCAGCUGCCAAAGAGGAUCGCUGUGGGAUCUGCAGUGGAGAUGGGAAAACCUGCAAAGUGGUGAAAGGAGACUUCAACCACACCAAGGGAAUGGCUUUAAAAGAUUCCAGUAAGAGAUCCAUUAACAGCGACUGGAAAAUUGAGCUUCCUGGUGAGUUUCAGAUCGCAGGCACCACUGUCCGGUACGUGCGAAGGGGGCUGUGGGAGAAAAUCUCUGCCAAAGGACCAACUAAAAUACCACUGCACUUGAUGGUGCUGUUAUUCCACGACCAGAAUUAUGGAAUUCAUUAUGAAUACACCAUCCCUGUAAACUAUACUUCUGAAAACAGAAGCGAGCCAGAAAAGCAACAGGAUUCCUUGUACAUCUGGACACACAGCGGAUGGGAAGGAUGCAGUGUGCAGUGUGGAGGAGGUGAGAGGAAAACCAUCGUGUCCUGCACUCGGAUCAUUAACAAGACCAUGACACUGGUGAAUGACAGUGACUGCCAGCGAGUGACCCGCCCCGAGCCCCAGGUCAGGAAAUGUAACACACACCCCUGCCAGUCACGGUGGGUGACUGGCCACUGGAGUCCCUGCUCUGCCACGUGUGAGAAGGGUGUGCAGCACCGGGAGGUCACUUGUGUUUAUCAGCUGCAGAACGGCACCUACGUCAACACCAGGGACCUCUACUGCCUGGGCAGCAAACCAGCCACGGUGCAGAGCUGUGAGGGAAGGGACUGCCUGUCCAUCUGGGAAGCAUCAGAGUGGUCCAAGUGCUCAUCAGACUGUGGCAGGGGAAUUCAGAAAAGAACAGUGACGUGCACAAACUCCCAAGGGAAAUGUGAUGCAGCCACAAGGCCGAGAGACGAGGAGGAGUGCGAGGAUCACACAGGCUGCUACGAGUGGAAAACAGGAGACUGGUCCAAGUGCUCCUCGACGUGCGGCAAGGGGCUGCAGUCGCGCGUGGUGCAGUGCAUGCACAAAGUGACCGGGCGCCACGGCAGCGAGUGCCCGGCGCUGGCCAAGCCCGCGGCCUACAGGCAGUGCCACCAGGAGGUCUGCAACGACAGGAUCAACGUCAACACCAUCACCUCGCCCAGGCUGGCUGCCCUCACCUACAAGUGCACGGGGGACCAGUGGACAGUGUACUGCAGGGUGAUCCGUGAGAAGAACCUGUGCCAGGACAUGCGGUGGUACCAGCGCUGCUGCCAGACCUGCAGAGACUUUUAUGCAAACAAGAUGCAGCAGAAGAGUUAAUGAACCUGUGCCAUUCCUUAGAGUCUUCCAGCUGUUUGUAUGGAAAUCACAGACUAGUAGGUCUGAGUACUGGAACUUCAUGAGUUGCUACAGCGUGGUGGAUCCCAAAGCACACCUAAUGAGACUUGAAACUAAUCCUACAGACUGGAUACCAAAGUCAUCCGCUCAUCCACCUUAAGAAAAACACACAGAAAGGGUCAUCUCAAGGAGCCAAUCAUUUCUGAAUAUUUUGACAUCCUCACAUUUUUCGUUAAUGCUUUUUUAAUAUAUUAAAUCACCAGCCACUGGAUGGCUUGCUACC